AAGAGAGAGAAAGAGAGAGAGAGAGAGAGAGAGAGAGAGAGACGAGAGAGAGGAGAGAGGAGAGGGGAGAGAGAGAGAGGGAGAGGAGGAGAGAGAGAGAGAGAGAGAGAGAGAGAGAGAGAGAGAGAGAGAGAGAGAGAGAGAGAGAGAGAGAGAGAGACCCUGAGUCUCCCUCCAGCCUUUUAAGCCGCUCUCCCUAGCUCAUUCUCCUAGGUAGUUUUCUGUUAUU